CCAAAUUAACUCCAUAAUAUCGACAGAAACAUGGCAAACGUUGUUUAGAAUCAAUCCUCAAGGUGUUUUUCACAUAUCUAUUCGAUGAUAAAUCAUUCGUGGCAGUUGACUUUCUCCUCUGAAGAAAAUGGGAAAAUGUGCUGUGUUUCUCCUCGAAGCAAACAAAAAAUACACGCAGCUGGAGAUUACGCAAUAAUUGCAACGGAGGACACCAAGCGGCCACCAAUUUAGACAAAGAACACCGGGCGGACCCCUGGCAAAUGUAGUCUCUUAAGGUCAAUCUUCCAAUGAUUUGCCUACAAAUACGUCACAAUGCUGUCGACACCUUGGGGAAACGACAGAAAGUCUAAGCUCAUUCGUGACCCAUACACAGCCAUAUAAGGAGACAUUGGAACACAGCGCAUUCAAAAUCUGGGGCACUUCCUGUAUGAAAUUUCAUCUUGGUUUCGCCUGUAGCAUUAGUUCUGUGGCACUCACAGACAAUAUCUUUGUUUUGGAAACGUCAGAGUGUUUUCUUUCCAAAGCUGUCAAUUAUAUGCAUAGUCGAGCAUCUUUUCGUGACAAAAAAAAAUGUUUAAAACGGGAAAGUUUUUUUAUCCAUAGAUUAAAAGAGCGCCCCCUAUAUCCAAUAAGUUAAAUGCUUUUUCAGUGCUUCCUCUUGUGUUAGCAGUGUGGAAAGGGAAAGGAAGAGGCACACAGGAGUUUUCCUGUGAGGGGAAGUGGUGGUGUAUGCAGGGAGAAAACUAAACUAACCUUCUGAAAUGUCAUUAGUGGUCUUAUGCUGCCAUCUAUUGGAAUUAUGUAGCAACUGCAGUAGUACCGAAUAAUGUGUAAUUCCUUAGAAAAUUACUAAGAAUUGCAAGAUAUAACAUUGUGUAGUUCAUUUUGCCACUUGCAACCAUAAAAUAACCAUUUAUAACUUAACCCUCUUGGUACUACCCAUCCCGGAUCCGGGAGCGUUGUCAUCAACUGACACUAAUUAGCAUAAUGCAACGGACAUAAAUAUUCCUCUUCUUCAAUCUUCAUAUUCAUGAAAAUCACAAGUGAAAUAUAUUGAGACACAGUUUAGCCUUUUGUUAAUCACCCUGUCAUCUCAGAUUUUGAAAAUAUGCUUUACAGCCAAAGCAAGCCAAGUAUUUGUGUAAGUUUAUCGAUAGCCUAGCAUAGCUUUAUGCCUAGCUAGCAGCAGGCAACCUGGUCACGAAAAUCAGAAAAGCAAUCUAAUUAAAUCGUUUACCUUUGAUGAGCUUCGGAUCUUUUCACUCACGAGACUCCCAGUUAGAAUGUUCCUUAAAAAGAUUAUUUUUGUAGCCAAAAUAGUUUGUUCUUCACGUUUGGCUGAGAAAUCGACCGGAAAAUUGCGGUCACGACAACGCCGAAAAAUAUUCCAAAUUAGCUCCAUAAUAUCGACAGAAACAUGGCAAACGUUGUUUAUAAUCAAUCCUCAAGGUGUUUUUCAAAUAUCUAUUCGAUAAUAUAUAAACCGUGACAGAUGGCUUCUUAGUAGGAAAGAGAGAAACAAUUGCCGCAUUGGUCCUUUACGCACAAAACACUCUGAGAGACUUCAGCUGACCACUGAUGCAAUGUUGACGUUCAGGCUCAUUUCUCAAAAUAAAAGCCUGCAACUAUGUAUUGUGACACUAGACACAUUAGGGAAGCCAUAGAACAAGGAAUCUGGUUGAUAUCUCAUUCACUGCUCAAUAGGGACGCAUAGGAACGCAGAAGUUUCUAAAUAAGAGUCCCUUCCUGAUUGGAUUUUUCUCAGGCUUUCGCCUGCAAUAUCAGUUCUGUUAUACUCACAGACAAUAUUCUUACAGUUUUGGAAACUUUAGAGUGUUUUCUAUCCUAAGCUGUCAAUUAUAUGCAUAUUCUAGCAUCUUGUCCUGACAAAAUAGCCCAUUUACUUAGGGAACAUUAUUUUUCCAAAAAUGAAAAUAGUGCCCCUUAGAUUCAAACAAUGAAACUGACAUAAACAAAAAGCACAAUACAUUUAGGUAAUUAUAUAUAUAUAACUUUACAUUUAUAUUUAUAUAGGUAAUUAUAUAACUAUUUAUUUAGAUGGGUGACAUUAUCUGCCAAAGUAACAGCCCUGUAGACAAAGAAGAGCUCUCCAGUAGGUACCAAAACAUUCAAAGGUCAUUUUCAGAAAAGUGAGGUUAAAAGUUUAUCAUCUUUCAAAGCAGAAUUACUUUCCCAUUGUUCCUCAACUGUAGUGUCUGAUAUACUAUUUUCUAGCUCUGAGUCUCUACUUUUAUCUUAUGUGAAAUACACAGUUUCAAAUUUUGUGACAUGAGACCAAAUCGAGCCGGUCGGUCACAUUUGACUGUAUAAAACCUAGCAGUACUACUGAUUUCUCUGAGAGUGAGGCAGAUAUAUAGCAUUUAGCAAAUAAACAUGACUAUUUGUCUCUCUGAAAUGAAACCAUCAAGUGAUAGAUUUUAAAGAAAUGCAUGUCUGUCAUUGUCAACAACGCCAUGCCGUGAUUAGAUAGUGAACAAACACAAAAGUCAUAAUUUCUUUAAGAAACAACAGCAAAUUUAAGGACAUUUCUGAAAAGUGAUAUAUAGCGUUAUGGAAUGAAACUCUUCCGUUUCCCCAUCUGAGCUCAGAGUAGAUGAGAGAUGUAAUGUUUGUCUCUGUUGUGUUGAAGACCAAUCAAGCAGGAGAGACCAGCCUCCCCUGUUCCCAGCUGUGUGUCCAUGAAGAGUGACAAGUCUAUGAAUCUACCUACGAAGUUUGGAGAGGGAGACUUUUCUACCGAACAAAGAAAACAACAGGAGAGAUCAGAGUCAGAGAUUCUCAGUGGUCAGUCUUCGCAGAGUCAUCAAACAGACCUGGACUCCAUAUUCAGUAUGCUUGAAGAGAAAAUGAUGACAUUUGUGAAGAACGAGCUGAAGAUAUUCAAGAGGAUUCUUAGUCCAGAAGUCCCAGAAGGCUUUGAGAGUCAGAAGCAGGAUAAGGAAGUGGUGGACCCUGAAGAUGAGAAGCAGGAGAGCAGUGCCAGAGAGGGGGCUCUGAAGAUCACACUGCACAUCCUGAGGAAAAUGAACCAGAAGGAGCUUGCUGACACACUGGAGAAAUAUUCAGAUGAUCCUGCUGUGAUUUGCCAACGUGAACUCAAAUCUAAUCUAAAGAAGAAGUUUCAAUGUGUAUUUGAGGGGAUCGCUAAACAAGGAAACCCAACACUUCUCAAUAAGAUCUACACAGAGCUCUACAUCACAGAGGGUGGAACAGGAGAGGUCAAUAAUGAACAUGAGCUGAGACAGAUUGAGACAACAACCAGGAAACAAGCAAGACCAGAGACUGCAAUCAAAUGUAACGACAUCUUCAAACCCUUAACUGGACAAGACAAACCUAUCAGAACUGUGCUGACAAAGGGAGUCGCUGGCAUUGGAAAAACAGUCUCUGUGCAGAAGUUCAUUCUGGACUGGGCUGAAGGAAAAGCAAAUCAGGAUGUGCAAUUUGUAUUUUCAUUCCCUUUUCGGGAGCUGAAUUUGAUGAAAGGGGACAAACACACUUUCAUUGAACUUCUUAAUCACUUCUCAAUGGAAACUAAACAAUCAGGAAUCUCCAACUACAACAAGUACAAAGUUCUGUUCAUCUUUGAUGGUCUGGAUGAGUGCCGACUGCCCCUAGACUUCCAGAAGAACAAGAUCUGUUGGGACGUCACAGAGUCAACCUCAGUGGAUGUUCUGCUGACAAAUCUCAUCAAGGGAAAUCUGCUCCCCUCUGCUCUCCUCUGGAUAACUACCCGACCUGCAGCAGCCAAUAAGAUCCCUUCAGUGUGUGUUGACCAGGUGACAGAGGUACGAGGGUUCAAUGACCCACAGAAGGAGAAGUACUUCAGGAAGAGAUUCAGUGAUGAGGACCUGGCCAGCAGAAUCAUCUCACACAUAAAGACAUCAAGGAGCCUCCACAUCAUGUGCCACAUUCCAGUCUUCUGUUGGAUUUCUGCAACAGUCCUUGAACACAUGCUGAAACAUAAGAGAGAAGAGAUGCCCAAGACUCUGACUGAGAUGUACACACACCUUGUGGAGUUUCAUACCAAACAGAAGAAUGAAAAGUAUCUUGGGAAAGAAGGGACAGGUCCACACUGGGAUAAAGAGAGCAUUCUGUCACUGGGAAAACUGGCUUUUCAACAGCUUGUGAAGGGAAAUCUGAUUUUCUAUGAAGAAGACCUGAAAGAGGCUGGCAUUGGUGUCAAUGAAGCCUCAGUGUACUCAGGAUUGUGCACACAGCUCUUUAAAGAGGAAUGUGGGCUGUACCAGGACAAGGUGUACUGCUUUGUUCAUCUGAGCAUUCAGGAGUUUCUGGCUGCUGUAUAUGUGUUCCUCUCAUUCAUCAACAACAAUGAGAAUCUAAUGGACAAACUGCAAACAAACGACAAGCCUGAAGUUACUUUCUACAAGAGUGCUGUGGAUAAAGCCUUACAAAGUGAGACGGGAAACCUGGACCUUUUCCUCCGCUUCCUUCUGGGCCUCUCACUGGAGUCCAAUCAGAAGCACUACGAGGUCUACUGACAAAGACAAGAAGCAGCUCACAGAGCCAUGAAGAAACAGUCAAGUACAUCAAGGAGAAGAUCAGGGAGAAUCCCUCUCCAGAGAGGUGCAUCAAUCUGUUCCACUGUCUGAAUGAACUGAAUGACCAUUCUCUAGUGGAGGAGAUCCAAAGCUACCUGAGAUCAGGAAGUCUCUCAGAACCCAACCUGUCACCUGCACAGUGGUCAGCUCUGGUCUUUGUGUUGCUGACUUCAGAAAAGGAGCUGGAUGUGUUUGACCUGAAGAAAUACUCCAGAUCAGAGGAAGGUCUUCUGAGGCUGCUGCCAGUGGUCAAAGCCUCCAGAGCUGUUCUGCUGUCAGGCUGUGGAGUCACAGAGGAAGGCUGUGCUUCUCUGGUCUCAGCUCUGGAGUCAAACCCCUCACACCUGAGAGAGCUGGAUCUGAGUAACAAUGACCUGAAGGAUUCAGGAGUGAAGC